UGCUCUCCAGGGGAGGAGGAGAGAAGCGACUGCGGUGUUAGCUAGUCUCAACAAAAUGGCUGCGAGACCACUGACGCCGAAAGCUCACUGAUCCGCCUACCACGACCGUGCUCUGCGCUGUCUGGACCCUCGCAGAAUGUAUUUUCUCGGAGUCGCUUCCCACUUUGCAUUCGCGGUAGCUGGCGCGUUACAAGUCGUCCCGCUGGUCACCUAGACACAACAGUUAUUUUAUUUUUGCACUUUAAAACCAAGUUGGCCGGCUGGCUUUCGGACGGCUGUCGGCAAGCUCGGACAAAAAAACUGCGCCAUUCCAUUUUCAUUUCUUAUUUUUUUUCAGUGCGGCUCAACUUCUACCGGCUAAUGUUGUCGACAACAAUUUAGCUGCGUUUUACAAGGUCAUUCCUAUUCGUAUCGUUUGUUUUUGUUGUUGCCUUCGCGUAGUCCCCCUUCCCGCCCCCUAUACGAGAUCGCAUAUGGCGUUUUAGCAUUAUUUUUUGCGGCAUUUUUUCCAAUGUUUCUCCCAAACGACACAUUACAAAACAGUGAUUUUGUAUAUGUGGCCGAGGAGGGGGCGUUGUAUACCUCGCUCAACCGUCACCAAGCUGCUACGGCGGCCGCAGGCGAAGCUGCCAAGUCUUGACUGAAUCUGCUCCAUCGCGUUACGGGUAACUUUGGAGAGGACGAAGGGGAUUGAUUACAAGCUGCCAAAGCCGUGCUUAACGCAAGCACACUCGUGCUGAAGGCUGUUUGGACAUAUUGUCACUACCUCAAGGACAAACCCACUCCAUCUGCUGUGUCGUAUCAGUGCACAUCUGGGUAAUUUGCUGCAAAUAAUACUCAAGCUGAGAGAAGCAAGCAAAACAAGAACGAGAACCGUUUGAUGGAAGAAAAGAAAAAGAAAAAACAAGGAGAAAAGAUCAAGAAGGUCAUCGCUCAGAAGAAGGCUGCUGAACAGAAACCCAAAGUGCCAGAGCCUGCUCCCCCUAAGCCCAGUCCCUGCACAGCCAACCACGUCCACCCUGCCAGCCCUACGCUGCCACUCUCCUUCUCAUUUCCUUGUGGAAAUGACAAGCGCACCUCCUGCAGUAGCCAGCUCCAGAGUUCCGUUGCCCCUCAGCCACAGUGCACGUCGUCCUCUGCCGGCGCUCGCUACCCACAGAGAGAGGUGCCCCCGCGCUUCCGGCAGCAGGAGCAUAAGCAGCUACUGAAGAGAGGCCAGCCGCUGCCUGCAGGAGCCUUUGGUGCUCUCGCGCCCUCCUCUUCCUGCUUGUCACAUUCAUUACCUUACUCUUCACCUUCUACAAGUACCAGCAGCACUACACCAAAGUCUGCAGAGUUCACUGCAGGCCAACAACACUCACCAGACAUAUCCCCGAAGAGUGGUCCUUCUGCCCAGAUUUGCCAGUGGGGCGCCUCCUUGAAUGCAGACAGCAUUUCCGGUGACAACAGUUGGAACAAAGGAAAUAUUGACAGAAGUGAUACAGAAGCUUGCCGCAGCAGUGACCUCGGUCAGCCUCCGGCACCGGCAUGCCCCUUUGGCUCAGCUAGCUUCAGCACAGACGCCAGCACUGUCACUACCGUUAGUGGUACUUUUCUGACUAUGGCCACGGGUGCCACAGGCCAGCCGGCCCACUACACAUCUCUCAAAUCUAACAAUAAUAUGAUGGCAGGACCUGGAUCAGGCAACACAUUGUCAACUAACAGAGGUUGGGGCUCAGAUGCCAAACAAGAUGGAAUGAAUAGUGGGUGGGUCGGAACGCCCAAUCACUGGGGCUCACCCGGUUUUAACUUGAAUCUCAAUCCCAGUGCCAACCCUUCUGCAUGGCCUGUUCUCGGUCAUGAGGGUGGUGGUGUUAUUGGCUCAAAUGGUGUCUCAGCCUCAUCUCACCCACCAGGCAGUGGGAAUGGAGAUAUUGGGAACGGGAGCCUUGGAGGCACAAGCACUUGUGGCGGAGGUUGGGUUAGCAUGGUUGGUGCUAAUGAAAAUGAACAGCAGCGCCCUUCCACCAUCCCAAGCUUGUCCUUCAAUAUGGAAACUAACCUUAACACUGAUGGACCAAACCACACCAAGCAACAAGCUCAGGAGCCUAUGAGCCCUAUCCAUGGGUUAACAGGCUGGGGAGGUCAGUCGCCUACUGAAUCAUCCCAACUCAAUGGAGACACAACAGGCAGCUCUGUCUGGAGCGGUGCUGAAACCAAGGCAGCUGAUUCCCCCAAGGACUCUGGCUGGGACGCAGCCCCCCCUGCGGGCCUCUCUGCUUGGGGUCGCCACGGUAGUGGUGGUGGCGGGAGUAAUGGAAGUGGUGGCUGGGGCGACUGGGGGAAACCCUCAGGAGGUGGAGAUGCAUCAAAAGGCUGGGACUCUGUUGAUGCUGUCAUUUCAGGUCAAAGUUCAGGUCAAGAGCAACAACUUGGCUCAUGGUGUAAGCAGCCCGGAACUGCCCCAGCAAGUGAAGGUAGUGGGGACAGCAGAGAUGGCCAUUCUCACCACAGAGAGAGGUCCUCAAGCAUGGAUUUUACCCCCGUGUUACCCCGACAGGACCUGGAUCCUCGGGUGCUGAGUAAUACGGGUUGGGGGCAGACUCCAAUCCGACAGCAUACCGUGUGGGAGAUGGAAGAAGCAAACUCUGAUGAUGGGAAAAGCAACAGCAGCUCAGACACAUUUGAAAGUUCCAGUUCUAACAGUGGAUCCGCAUGCACCAACGGAGGUGCCGUCAACCCCAACAUAAGUACAAAUCCGAGGCAUGGAUCUGAUGCAAAACAUGAAAGCGAAGGAUCGUCAGGCUGGGGAGCCCCUCCACCCCCGCCAGUUGAGACUGCUUCGGGAUGGGGCGAUCACCCACAUUCACAGAAAGAAGCCACUAAUGGGACCACCAGUGGCUGGGGAGACCCCUUACCUACCAGUGGACCUAAAAAUGUAGGCAUGACAUCUUGGGGCUCUGAGGACAAGUCACCUAGCUGGGACAGUGACAUGACAAAAAGCCAGUCCACUAAUUGGGGGGAGGGCACGAUUAGCUCCCGUGGUUGGGGAAGUAGUAAUGGGGGCACCAACAGUUCUAGCACAAGGGACUGGGGAGAACCAGAACGCAAGAACAAUGGGUCACCCAGCAGCUUGUGGGAAGGGGAAGGAGGAAAUGGAGGUAAUGGAGGAUGGAAGGAAAAUCCUAGAGGAGGAAUUAGAGGAGGUGGUAAACUUGCUUCUUCUUCUGCAAGUAGCGGCACUUGGGGAGAGAACGCCCGUACCAGUGGCCCAGUCCAGAGCACCUGGGGCUCCUCCAAGCCCACUGAAAGCAGUGGCAGCAGCACCGGUAGUGGUGGAGGGGGCAGCAUUGGUUCUUGGGGAGGUCCUGGUUCUGUCAAACAGAACACCUCCGGUUGGAGCAAUGUCAGCAAACAGGACCACGGCUUGGAAUCUACAGGUUGGGAGGAGCCCUCCCCUCCCUCUAUCCGCAGGAAGAUGGAGAUUGAUGAUGGAACAUCCACCUGGGGUGAUCCCGGCACAUACAGCAAGACUGUCAAUAUGUGGGAUCGCAAUAAUCCGAAUAAUAAUCCAGGCAACAGCGGUCCACCCCCCAUAAAGAAUAGUGGCAUGAUCACACCCAACAAUAAUAAUUACUCUGUCGGCCCUAACAACAAUCACCACCACGGCCAUCCAGUGCACCACCAUCCUCACCAUGGCAAUGUGCCAAGCCAUAUCCAUCAACAUCAUGGAAACAACUAUGGGCCACCCAACAGUUGUGCCCCACACCCAGGUGCGGGUCCCCAGAGUCGACCUCCUCUUGCUAACCCAGGCUGGGGAGAACUUCCCAGUGUUCAGCCUAAGUCAGAGCCUGCUUGGGGAGAGCCUGCAGCUCCAACAUCAGCUGUGGACAACGGCACCUCUGCUUGGGGCAAACCAUCAGGAGGUGUCAGUGGAUGGGGAGAUGGUGUCCAUGAGCCCACUGGACCUUAUGGCAGGACCAACGGACCCUCCUCUGCUGCACCCUGCAAGACUGGUCCUAAACCUAUGCAAGACAGCUGGGGAAGUGGAGGGGAGGAAAUGGGCAUGUCUUCGGGCCAGUGGGACACUGAGGAUGGGGACAUGUGGAGCAGCCCCACCUCGCUGGAGAGCAGCUCCUCCUGCAAUUCCUGGGGCAAUGGAUCCAAGAAGAUCCCGAACAAGGGGAAGAUGAUGAACAAACCAGAUGAGACAUGGAUCAUGAAUCGUCUCAUCAAACAGCUCACCGACAUGGGUUUUCCGAGAGAUCCUGCUGAGGAGGCACUGAAGAGCAACAACAUGAAUCUUGACCAGGCCAUGAGCGCUCUGCUGGAAAAGAAGACUGACCUGGACAAGCGUAGUUUGGGCAUUUCUGAUUACAGCAACGGCCUGAACAAACCACUGGUGUGUCGACCAUCCAUGCUCUUGAAAGAUCCUUCUGACCGCAAUGCCUUCCUUGACAAGGAUGGUGUUCUUUCCAACGAUGCCCCCCCAUCACCAUUUAUGCCUUCCCCCAGCCUGAAGCUCCCCCUGGCCAACAGUAGCCUUCCCGGGCAGGGUCUGGGACCGGGCAACUCGGGGCUGGCCAUGCAAAACUUGAACAACAGACAGAUACCCAGUGGAAUGUUUGGCAGCAGUGGAGCAGCACACGGCCGUACCAUGCAGCAGCAGCCUCCUCAGCCACCAGUGCCACCUCUGAGCUCCUCCAUGCCUAGUCUACGUGCUCAAGUGCCUCAGUAUCUCUCCCCUCAGGUCCAAGCACAGCUCUUGCAAUUUGCAGCAAAAAACAUUGGUCUGAACCCUGCACUUUUAACCUCACCAAUAAACCCUCAACAAAUGACCCUAUUGUACCAACUUCAGCAACUUCAAAUGGCAUACCAGCGUUUACAAAUCCAGCAGCAGAUGAUGCAGGCGCAGCGUAAUGUUUCCGGUCCCAUUCGACAACAAGAGCAGCAAGUCGCACGCACAAUCACCAACAUGCAGCAGCAGAUCCAGCAGCACCAGCGUCAACUCUACCAGGCGCUGCUGAUGAAGCAGCAGCAGCAGCAGCAGCUUCCCUCCCAUUCCGCCUCCUCUUCCUCCUCCCAAGCUGGUCUGCAUGCCCCCGGUGGCCCCACCGGAGGCCCAGGAUCUGCAAAAUCAAGCCUGGACCCUUUCACAGGCCCGCAUCAUGCCCUAGGCCUGGUCGACACACUGCACACCAAAGAGCCGCUGUCUUCACCCAACGCCUACAGCACCUACCCUCUUUCUGGACUUAAUCCAAACAUGAAUGUAAACUGCAUCGAGGUUGGGGGUCUGUCUCUGAAGGAGCCCCCUCAGCCCCAGUCCCGCCUGUCCCAGUGGACGCACUCCAACUCCAUGGACACCCUGGGUGGCAACACCUCAAACCUGGAGAACAACCUCAACAAACACGGUGCCAUAUCUGCUGCCUCAACCUUGGGGCCACCUGGGAAGCCCUCACAGCUAGAGGAUUCCUACAGCCCAUACAAUCUGAUGUCCAGCUCGGACUCCCCCGCCAGUUCCUUGGUACCGCCAGACAACUGGGGCCAAGGCAAGAACCCCAAUGAAAAGAUCACCAACGGCACCAACAUUAACUGGCCCCCAGAAUUCUGCCCGGGUGUGCCAUGGAAAGGCCUUCAGAACAUUGACCCUGAAAACGACCCCAAUAUGACCCCUGGUAGUGUCCCGAGUGGUCCUACCAUCAACACAAACAUCCAUGACGUUAACAGAUAUCUUCUGCGUGACAGGAAUGGAGGCAAACUGUCCGAUGUAAAGUCCACCUGGUCCACUGGGUCCAUGACGCAGAACCAAGCCUCCCUGACUCAUGAGCUGUGGAAAGUCCCUCAAGGCCCACGCGGCUCAGCAGCCCCGUCCCGACCCCCACCGGGCCUCACCAACACCAAAUCUUCCUCUACCUGGGGGGGCAACUCACUGGGACUGUCCCAGGGCUGGAGUGGCUCUUACUCCUCGGAGGGAACUACAUGGAGUACAGACAGCUCCAACAGGACCAGCAGCUGGCUGGUGCUGAGGAAUCUCACACCUCAAAUUGACGGUUCGACUCUACGGACCCUGUGCAUGCAGCACGGCCCUUUGAUCACAUUCCACCUCAACCUGACCCAAGGGAACGCCGUGGUGCGCUACAGCUCCAAGGAUGAGGCCGCCAAGGCCCAGAAGUCUCUGCACAUGUGUGUGCUCGGUAACACCACCAUCUUGGCAGAGUUUGCUGGGGAGGAGGAGGUGAAUCGCUUCUUUGCACAAGGCCAGUCGCUGGCCUCAAACAACACCGCCAGCUGGCAGGCCAACCCGGGAACCAAUCAGAAUCGAAUGGGCGGGGCAGCGGCAUCCCACUCCAUCGCCCAGUGGAGCACCGGCGGCGGGGGAGGAGGCGGCGGCGGUGGCAAGACCAGCGGAGGGGACCUGCUUUGGGGGGGUGUUCCCCAAUACUCCAGCCUGUGGGGGCCUCCGAGCGGGGAGGACGCACGCGUGAUCGGGAGCCCCACCCCUAUUAAUACCCUGCUGCCUGGAGACCUACUCAGUGGGGAGUCCAUGUAGAAGGAGCAAAAAAACCCAAGCAAAUCAUGUGGCGAUAAUCAGCUCCAUUUUACAACUUUCUGUAACUGUGAAUUGAGAAACGGAAGGCUCACCAGCCCUUCUCUUUUUUUCGUGUUACCUUUUAUUCCUUUCAUUUUGCAAAUGACUUUGUAAGAAAGAAAAAAAGAACUCAAACGUGACACAAAGAAACCUUUUUGAGUUUGGUUUGGUUUUGUUAGGAGAAGCAAUCAAAGCUGCCAUCUACCCUUUCCUUGCAAGAAGAAUCAUCCCAGACAAAAAGACUCUCAAGCGAUCAUUCCCAGCAUGCCCGUGGCCAACGAUGCGGUUGGAUGACCUUUACUUAUUACUCUUUGUUUCUCAGCACUAAUAUUAGCCUUAAGUGCUCACCUGGUCCUUUCCAAACCGCCUUUUUUUUUUUGUUGAUAAACUGAAGAAGCAGAUGGAAUCUUGCACAGUUUUUGACCUCUUGAGCCAGUGCCACGCGACUGGCGACCGACUCUCUUCGGGAAACCCGGCUCUUCGGACUCUUCACUUGUUCGACGGCGGGUUCAUUGUUCUGAUGUCCGUCCCCCAAUAUAUAAGCUCUGAGCAACUGCGACGGCGCCCAAUCACUGACGAGAUCUUCGCCGUCACCUCCAGUUCACUCACUGGUGCUUUGUGGAAUGUUCGACAACCUUUCUGCAAGUGUCAUUGCAAGGAAAAGGAAAGAGGACACGGCUUUAACUUUUUUUGAACGUGACGGUUUACAUUGUGCAAUAUACACCGUAGAAACUCUACGUCCGUCCCGUCUGAGCUGGUCAGUUUUUACAGCUUGAAAGGCCGUUUUUUUUUUGUUUGUUUGUUUUCCUCCCCCCACCCCCUCCAGAGCGCCAUUGGAAAAUCUGUGCGAAGCAGCAGCAGCUUGGACUUCGAUGCACACUUCCUGUCUGCGCGCCGCACCCACAGCCAACAAGAGACUGGAUCCGAUUGGACACCUCUUCUGGGUGUCUGGCACAAUACCAAAAAAAAAAGGGAGGGGGGGGGUUGUGGCGUAUGAGUUUUCCCAAUGCAGUAGACCUACGAGUCUUUCUCGUGGACACACAUGGGAAGGCCUCUUAUCAUAGCACUUAUGAGGAGCCAGUGGCUUUGGCUCAAUAAAGAAAUAAAUCAAAACAAGACAAAAGCUCUGAUGAAGGGAAAACGCGACUGACACGAACGAAGUCAUCUUCGUGAAGAAUAGGAACAAUUCUGAAAGUGAAUAUCACUGUUACUCCAAAACGUCCAAGCCUUGCUCGCUCUUUUGGAGACCAAGCGUGGAUGGUCAUUGGGUGUGUAUGUGGGGAGGGGUGGGGGCAGCAUGGAGGGUGUGGCGUCCACUGAGUGCCUCUCUGCUGUGGUCCACCGCCCACCGUCCCGCCCCUCCCCCAGGUGUCCGACCGCAGCACUUCCUCCCCGUGCUCCGUCUGGCAAUAACCAGACCAACCGUGCUCAUUCUCCUUUUCAGUUGUUAAAACGCAAAGAUCACUUUAGCUGGAAGAUCUACUAGUCAUAUUUCUGGAUUGUGUCUCGUUGUCGUUUGUGUCCACAAUGCAGAAAUGCGUACGUACCUGCGUAUGUACAAGUACAUCGUGGCUGCCUGAAGGAGCCUCUCACUGUUCAUAUGCAGAAACACUUUUUCCUCAGAGGUGCCUCUCUGUGCUCAUCCUGUGUUAUGAAUGCAAAACAAGGAUCAAUACUAUUGAUUGUCAAUUGCUUUUUGAGCUGAUCGUGCUUUGUGUUGGACAGUAUUCUGUCGUACUUCCAGGUCUGGGGGUGUUUUUCAUUGUUUUGGUCCAAGCUGCUCCGCCUACCCACAGGUUGCCCAUUGCAUAGCUGCUACGCUAAGCCCCCCCCCCCCCCCCCCCACCACCACCACCAUUAAAAAAAAAACUGUCACAUCUGGUAGCCUCCACCCAACCCCUCCCCUCCAUGAGGCACCGAGGGCCACUUGUAACUGUUUCUAUGCAAAAGACGAGAAGCCGGGGCCCUCGACAAGCACCCCGACCCCUUGUCACUCCAGCACUAUUCCCACCCCUACUGUGAACUUCGCUAUGGCCGCCAUUUUCUCGAGACACUGUCACUGAAGUGGAGUGCGAAGACUUUAUCAAAGGCUCGUGUCCAGACUUGAUCUCAGGGUAGGGGAGGGGGGCACAGAGGAUGACCAUGCAGCUCUCUCUCUCUCUCUCUCUCUCUCUCUCUCUCUCUGUCUUUCUCGCUCUCCACGACCGUCCUUUGUUCCCGUGUACACACCUCACGCAUUGAAGAGAUGCCAAUGUACUGUGCCAACUUCACCUUGCUGAACAGAGGCAAGGAAUGUUUUUUUUUUUUGAGGGGGGCGGCACAGGGGAGUUGGAGGGGCAGCAGCAUCACAUCCUGAAAUGACGGAUUUUCCUUUUUUUGUUUGUUUUGUGGGACAAACCCAAAGCUAACAUUGCGCAGGGGGAGGGUUCCAGUUUGCUACAGUGCACAGUCGAUGAUGGGUAAUCCCGGGUACAUAUUUUUUUUUAAACCAAAAAAAAAGUUACAAAUCACAUUUUAACAUCAUUUUUAUGGAGUUUGACAGAAAAAUCUUUUUUUAAAAUACAUAAAAAUGGGGGGGGGGGGGGUGUCUAUGAUUUUUUGAAGCUCUGCACUUCUCGCUGAAACUUCUCCGGUCGUCACGUUCUGCUCACGACAUGAACAAGUAGACCCACGACUGGGGUGCCUUUUUGUUUGAUUUGUUUUCUUGUGGAUGCUGUAUUUAUCUGGUUUAUAUUUUGUGUUGAUGUCCUGCUCAAAGCAGGCCCCGAUGGCGAACUGUACAUUUCCACUGGAUCCGAGUCGGUGAUAGGUACAAAAGUCUUAAAUCAAGAAGGAAAAAAGGGGGACAAAGGCUACCUUUCAGGACACGGCGUCCUGCAGCACACGAGCAAAAAUCACUAUUGCCUGUUUCUGUAAAACUGCCUUGAUCCAAGAAGCUCAGACAGACCCAAUAGUCCAUCAGUACCGCGCCCAGAAAGUCACAAGGGGCUUUCCCAUGCUGCACCAGCAUCGAGAGGCUCUCCUCUUCAAGCGUGCUUACCGUAGACAUAUACACAAUGAAUGCAUACAUACGUACGUGUGUAUCUAUACACAGUCGAUAUUUGUAUGUAUGCAUACGUACGCACCAACUGUACAUAUAUGUACACCUCGGAUGGUAGCCUCUAAAAUGUUUUGUCUGCAAGGUUGAAAUGAAGAUGAGCAAUAUGUAUCACCCCCCGCCCCCACACACACACACACGCACACACACACGAACGAACGUCCACACAAAUAUGCGAAGGAAGCAAUUUGGUUGUCAACGAAUACUUGAUCCUACGUUCUGCUUUUCAGCCACAUGACGUCGUAUACGUCAGUUAGUGUCAUAUGUAUGGAUCUUUGUUCGUUAGCCCGCACUCCAGUGUAAGUCGAGCAUUUGCUAAUUAAAACAAAAAAAUGAAAAGUAGAAGAAUCACAUAUCAAAAAUAUAUAUAUAUCUACAUAUAUAUAUUGAACUUGAAUACUUGAACUACAAUGUACAAAUGAGUAUUUGGGCCACACUGAAGAGAAAAAAAUGUGUAUAGUCAACUUGUGCCGGGGGAAAAAAAUCUGUUUUAAAAUGUUUGUCUGGAUUCUCUAAUGUUACUUUUAAUAAACAAAACCAAUUUUUACAAGUGGGGAAUUUUACAGCAAAGCAGCAUUUUUGCUUCUCGGAAUAAUCAAAUUUACCCAUGGAUGAUUAGCACAGAGUUUUCUCUUCAAAAUUGUAAUGCUCAAUGUUGUCAUUAUUCUUGGAAGAUCGUGACAUUGUUCUCAAACAAUACUAUUUAAAAUUACAAAUUGCGUAAAAUUAUGAGAAAAAACUUUCAAGAGAUUGAGGAUUCAAACUUUUUUUUGUAUUACUUUAUUCCCCAUUUUUGUUUCUUCUGAUCAAUCAUACUUUUUCUCAUUUUUGGUGCCCACGCCAAAAAAAAGACUGAAGACUUCCCAACUCCUGUUUACUUAAAAUUUACAACUGAAGACGCCUUUUAGAUUACCUUUUUUUUCUUUAGAGACUGGCCCAAAUACUCCUUGGUCAUGGAGCGCCAACAACGUAAUGUGAAGUCAGUAAAGGUGUCUUUCUUUCUCGUCUGACAAGUAACAUGGUGAGGAUGAAAUUUACCAAUCUUUUGGAGGGAGAAAAAAAAGAAAUAAGUGUCAUCUCCGUUUUGUGUGCGACGGAUAUUUGAAUGUGUGCCAGAAACUGUGUGUUUUUGUUUUUGUUGUUGCCUGGUUCUCUUCUAAUGUUGCACUGAGUGUCUUGUGCCCCUCACUCAGCUAAAAAAAAAAAGUACAGGAGGGGUAGACGGCGACAAUUCAUGUGUACAUGUUUACUCAAGGAAUUCAUUUGUUUUCAUUCUAUCUGUACAAAAAAAAGUUGAUCUACCUUUAUAGUGGCUUUUAUUGUGGAAUAAUCCCGUUGCGGGGUUGUCAUUGAGUAUUGCACCAUUUUGUUUCAAUAAGGUUAAAAAGUUAAAAAAAAAAAGUAUAAAUAUAAAAAUGUUUUUAAAAAAUAAUAUAAAUAAAUCAAGACAAAGAGGCAAGGCCACAGCUAGGUGUAAAAAAACUGUGUAGCAUCAAGGAGAAAUGAAAAGAAAAGGGAGGCGAGGUCAUUUCAGAGGUGCCUAUUGUUUGUGUUCCUGUUGUUUACAAGCAUUUCAUUUGUGUCACCUUCAAAGAAAAUUGGAAUUACUAUGACAGGAAUGUUGUGUUUUGAAUAAGAAAAUCCUCUUCCAUGGAAUAUGGACAUGAAAACCUUGCAAAAUGAGGAUACGUAUGCUACUUUCAGAACUCUGGGAUCGAUCAGUGUUGUCAUAUUUCAAGUUCGGCCCUCGUUCGUUUGCGUCGUUUUGCUCAUUUUCUUGCACACUUGUUGUUCGAAACAUUCAUGAAUUUUGUCUCAGGAAGGCCAGAAUUCCAAUAUCCCAACUCCUCCAUUGUUCCUUUUUUGUUUUUUUGUUUUUUGCUACUCCCAAGCAAGCACUGAAGCUUUUUCGGGGGACUCUCAACUAUGACGACAACACCACGUUUGUAUUGUAGCAAGUGACGUAUUUACCAAAUAAGACUGAGAAUUAACUUUGAAUAUGGAGAAUUAAAAAGUGCUUUACCGGUGAAAUCUUGCGUAGAGAUUGCUUUACAUUGGGAAAACAAGGAUCAAUGGAAACACAUGUGUUUGUUUUUUUGUUGGUUUGUGAGCGCAGGAUGUUCUCAAUCAUCUCUCCGUGUGUCCGUGUGACGCUUUUCAAGCAGCAGAGAUUUCAAGCAAGAGGUUCUGAUCUAUGCACAAAAGUGGGAGGGUUCAGGGUUUUAUGUUGGCUUCUUCUUUGACUAAAUGUGCUCAAUGUGCCGUAGUUGUCUGGUGUUAGCGGACCCUUAUGACGUCACCAUGCUGUGGAAACCCUUCUUAACUAAUGAGCGCUUGUCCUUCUGCUUAAAGCACUGUGGGUGGGCAUGAGAAGAAGCCCGUGAUUUGCUUUUUGUUUCUUUAUCUUUUGGGGGCUUUUGCCUUUGCCAUUUUCUUAUUACUUUGACACACGCAAAUAAUGGAAAAAUGUCUGUAACUAAACUACAAAGUUGUGGCUUUUUAAAUGUUACUUUUUCUCCUCAUAGAAUGUGAUUGUUAAGACAUGCACCGGCAAAAAAAAGUUUCCAUUUGGACUAUAUGGAUCUUCUUUCGGACGAUAUUAAUAAAAAUUACAUUUUCUUGGCUGUAA